UGGCCUGGGGCUGAUCCAAUCUCCUGCUCUCGCGGGCGGGGAGUCCUGGGCGGCAGCAGGGGUCACACCCAGGACUUGCUGGUCCCGCGCUUUCCGGAGCCCGGCAGGCGCUCGCGGCCUGAACGGGUCAAAGAACGAACGAAUGAAUGACUCUUUUGCCAGGAUGGGGACCCGGGGGCCUCAGGGAGCUGCGAAUCCCACGGACUCUUCCCGCAGGCCUUUCCCGCGCGAGGUGGAGCGCGGGGCUCCGCUGGCUCCGGGCACCCCGAAUCCCGGGACGGCCGGGGCGAGCCGAAGCCUGGGCGGCGGCCACGAGGACAGGUCGGCAGGUCGGACCCUCGGACCUCCGGCCGGAGAGGAAUUGGACCGUGAGUCCUGGGUCAGAGAGAAAGUGCUCUUUCUCCUGCACCCAGAGAGGUGGUUAGGGACUCGGGGGGACCGUGCACGGGAAGCGAUGGCCGAGGGAGAGGACCCUCCUCUUGCGGGUGGCGAGGACCGGGGCCAGGAGCCCAGCUGCUCUUCUCACGUCUUUCAACGAGAAAAGCGAAUUUCUGGCAGGCGUGUAGCCCCGCCGCGGGACCCAGCAGACCCACCCAAAUACGUGCUGGUGCGGGUGGAGGAUUAUCAGGUAACUCAAGAAGUGUUGCAGACCUCGUGGGCCAAGGGUCGCAUGACCACGAGGACUGAGGAGCACUCUGUGACCGCGCUCACUUUUCGCAGCAGUAGAGAGAGACAGCCUGGGGGGCGCCGGGGCCCCUGCUGAACCCCAGGCUCUCCAGGCACAACGAAAGGCACCCCGCGUCCACGCCGCGGAGAGGAGGGUUUCACCGUCUCCAGGGAGCUGGCUCGAGGAGAUUAGACUCUAGAGAGGAGCCCGAGAAAUGUUCCGGGACGGUGGAUGAGCGAUCAUCCUAAAAAGAAAAUGCUCUUCUGGGAACUCCAAGCUGCAAUUAACCUGCAGAAGGAACCUUUCCAGAGGCUGGCGCAGCGCUUCAGAGAGGCAGAUAAGAACUGUGCUCCUCAUCCAAGCAGAACCCUGUCAUGUGAAGAGCCUGAGAAAUCUUACCCAAUUUACAAGUGACCUGGGAAUGCAUCCAAAGUGAAUUGGGCAUCUUCAAUACUAAGAAAUCUCUGAGAAUGGCUGGGCCUUGGCUGUUUGAUCUUACGUCUACUCCACUGAAAAAUAAGAUUAUCUAAAAUUGUGUUUGGUGGAUGAACCACAUCAAAGACUUCCAGAAGCCACUCCAGUGACCAUAAGACAAAUGUCAGAAUUGCAUAGUUACCGGGAUCAGGCAAGUGUCACCCUCUCUUAAAACUCUUGGUUUACAACCAUCAUUUCCUUUCAGGAAUAAUUACAUUUGACUUGCUGCUUAUUUUUGUUGGACGUUACCAGUGCAUGACGAUAAAACUUGAUGUGGCUUUUUGCUUUGAAAAAAAAAAAAAAAAAAACAAACUUUUUAUUAAAAGAAAAAGUUAUACACACUGCAUAAAAUUAGGGAAAUAUUAUGAAGAAAAAGAAAAUUAUUAUUAAAGAAACAAAAUGUACAGAUGACCCCAAAUCUCUUUUAAUAUUUGGCAUGUUUCAAGUAUGAGUUUUUUGUUUUGUUUUGUUUUGUUUUUAUUUUACAGAGAUAGUGCCUUGCUAUGUUGCCCAGACUAGUCUUAAAAUUCUGGACUCAAGCAAUCCUCCUGCAUUGGCCUCCUAACACGCUGGGCUUAUAGGCCUCAGCUAUCAUGCCCAGCCAAAGAUGGCUUUAUUUUAUUAUAUUUUCAUGUGUAUAUACCUACGUAUAUACCUACAUUUUUCUAAGCAUAAACUAUAUAAAGUAGUAAUAAUGCAGCCUCUGUAUAUUUUCUGAGUAUUGUCUUUAUAUAAACACACAUAUGCUACUCAAGAUGUUUUCUGUGAAACAGCAACCUGGGCAUCUCCAAGAAGGCAUUUGGAAACGUUGAAUCUCAAGCCCGAUUCCAAAUCUGCUGAAUCAGACUCUGCAUUGUCAAGAUCAUUGGAUGGUUCACAUUAAAGUUUGAGAAACAUUGACAUAUUCUCAUUUUUAGUUCUGUGUUCUAUUUUGUCACUUACCAAAACCAAAAAGUUUAUUUAUUCUGUAUUCCCUAUUAAUUGUUAACAAUGUCAUGAAGAUAAUAAUUUGCAGAAAUUUGAAAACAUUUAAAGAUAACAGGAGGGUGAAAGAUAUGUCUUUUUAAAGAGCCUUAUUAUUUUAAAGGUUGUCCCAAUGAGCCAUUGACUCAUCAUUGGAUUUCAAACUAUUUCAGAAAUGUGACUAUUUCAUUAUCUAGGAAUAUGAAAUAAUACAUUCUCAAACUCUUGUAAGGGUGAAAAGUCAGGAAGUCAUUAACACACUGCACAAUUGCAACACCUCUACAGGCUGAGUCAGGACUUGUCAGCCACUUAUGAUGAAUUGUAAGGGGUGGGAAAAAGGUGGAGCCAGAAUUUGAAUCAACUGAUUCAGAUAAGUUAACAAAGGGCUGUGACUCCUGAACACCAUGACAUCUCUAUAACUGCAGCCAGUACUUUGCUCUGUAAUUAGGGAGGGCAAAUCUGUGAAUUUACUUUUCUAGUUGAAGAUAACGAAGUCCAGAUUACUUUGGAGAGACUAAGAAGUUGUGAUCGGUUUUCAGGCAGUAUGCAGCCAACAGUCACAAACAAAGCAUUAAGACUUGGUUAUCUUCAAAGCAAGGAAUUAACCAAAUUCAAACUUAGAUUUCUAAUGUUAAAAAAGAACAAGAAAACUUUGAGGAGACUGCAGCCGUCCCAAAAGUAGAACAAAUAGAGGCUGUGUUUGCAGAGCUAGGUAUAGUAUGGGAGUCAGACAACAUCAUUUGUGCUUAGCCAGAAGCGAAGGCAGGCAGGGCAAUAGGAAAGCUUUAUAGUGACCAAGAUGAUCUUACCAGUUCCUCAGUUUUGCUAAAUUUUAGAUAAGCUUCUUGACUGUAGGUCCCUGACUUCCCUUUUCUUAGAGCAUUUACUUUAGAAGACUUUCGAUUGUAAAUUGUUUAUCUGCUCCUUUGAAAUAUAAAUCUAAGAAAGAUCCGGGUAAGUCUUUCUUAAGGACCUAGGAGCCAUCCUUUUGAAAUGUAAUUACCAAAAAAA